AUGAGGGGAAAGGCACGUGAGAAAGUAAGGCCGAAAAGGGGUAAGAUGGAAAUAGACUACCAGAAAUUGCAUGACGCGUUCUUCAGAUACCAGACGAAGCCGAAGAUGUCCAUUCAUGGAGACAUGUACUACGAAGCGAAGGAAUUAGAGACCGAUCUAAAG